AUGGGUGCGCGGCGCGGGGCGUGCGGGCCGGCCCCGCCCCGCCCGGCCGCGGCUUUAUAACGGGCAUCCCCAUGGCCGAGGCGGGGAACCUGCCGCCGAGGGACGGGCGCAGCCGCCCGCCUGCCUGCCCAGCCCGUCCCGCUGCUGCCGCCCUGCCGCCGCCGCUCCGCCGAGCCGAGGGGACGAUGCCGUCGCUGCUGCUGCUGCCCGCGGCAUGGCGCAGCGCCGGGGCUCGCCCGCUGCUGCUGGCGCUGCUGCUGCUGCCGGCGCAUCUGCCCCAGGGCGGCGGGCACCGAGCCGCGGGGCCCCGGUUUUUAAUCAGCGACCGUGACAGAGACCCUCAGUGUAACCUGCAUUGCUCCAGGUCCCAGUCCAAGCCCCUGUGUGCUUCCGAUGGCAGGACGUAUGAGUCCAUGUGCGACUACCAGAGAGCCAAGUGCCGGGAAGCGAGCUUGAGCGUGACACAUCGGGGCCGGUGCAAAGAUGCUGGCCAAAGCAAGUGUCGAUUAGAGAGAGCUCAAGCACUGGAACAGGCAAAGAAGCCCCAGGAAGCGGUCUUCAUCCCGGAAUGCAACGAGGAUGGAUCAUUCACGCAGGUGCAGUGCCAUACCUACACGGGAUACUGCUGGUGUGUGACACCUGAUGGCAAGCCUAUUAGCGGUUCUUCUGUACAGAACAAAACUCCUGUAUGUUCAGGUUCUGUAACUGAUAAACCGUCAGGCCAGGGUAACUCAGGAAGGAAAGUUUCUUUUCGAUUCUUUUUAACUCUCAAUUCAGAUGACGGGUCGAAGCCAACGCCUACCAUGGAGACCCAGCCUAUUUUCGAUGGAGAAGAGAUCACAGCACCCACCCUGUGGAUUAAGCAUUUGGUCAUCAAAGAUUCCAAACUGAACAGCUCCAGCGUAAGGAAUUCAGAGAAAGUUCACUCCUGCGACCAGGAAAGGCAGAGCGCUCUGGAGGAGGCCAGGCAGAACCCCCGUGAGGGUAUCGUCAUCCCCGAGUGUGCUCCGGGAGGGCUCUACAAACCAGUGCAGUGCCACCAGUCAACUGGGUACUGCUGGUGUGUCCUGGUGGACACAGGACGCCCUCUGCCUGGUACUUCCACUCGCUAUGAGACCCCAGUGUGUGAAAGUGAUGCCAGAUCGAAGAGCACAGAGGUUGAUGAUCCCUUCAAGGACAGAGAACUUCCAGGCUGCCCAGAAGGGAAGAAAGUUGAAUUUAUUACCAGCUUACUCGAUGCUCUCACUACGGACAUGGUACAGGCUAUUAACUCAGCGGCACCUACUGGGGGUGGGAGGUUCUCCGAGCCAGACCCCAGCCACACGCUGGAGGAGCGAGUGGUGCACUGGUACUUUAGCCAGCUGGACAACAACAGCAGCAAUGACAUCAACAAGCGGGAGCUGAAGCCCUUCAAGCGUUACGUGAAGAAGAAAGCCAAGCCCAAGAAAUGCGCCCGACGUUUCACCGACUACUGUGACCUCAACAAGGACAAGUCCAUCUCCCUUCAGGAGCUGAAGGGGUGCUUGGGAGUCAGCAAGGAAGGAGGUAGCCUGAGCAGUUUCCCCAGUGGAAAAAGACAAGGCCUUAACCCUUUCAUAGGCCGCCUGGUGUAGCAGCAGAAGAUGGGAAGGGAAGGCAGGAGCCGACCCAGAGGAAAGAAAGACAGCGACAGACGGACAGACACCUUGCUGCUUGUGAGCAAGCAUGCAGCAUCAGCAACAUCCAACGUAGCAGAAGUGGCACCCAGAACGUUUGCACUUUCUAAUAAUUGGUUUGGGUUUGGGUUUGUUUUUAAUUUCUUUUCAAUGCCAUUAUCUAAUACUUUGGAGAGUGGGGGGGAAACAGGAUCAUGACUUUUUAAAAUUGGAACAGCUACUGAUGACUUAAAAUUGAGUUCACUGGGACUCAAAGAAAGAGAAUUUUAUAUACUGUAUAUAAAUAUGUAUGUAAAUUGUACAGUUGUCUUGUACAGGGGUUGGAGUCACUGUUCUGUUCCUCCCUUUGCUUUUGAAGGCUGUUAGGGUUAGAGGGACACUUUGCAUUUAAUGGGUUACAGUACUGCAUUCAUUUCUGACACGAUCCACCACUCAGUUGCAAACAGAUCUCCUUAACAUCCCCAUGCACAAAGGAGCAAGCAUAUCAGCAUGACCUGUGCUCACAGGUGUGCACACGGUGCCCAAAAAAACAACUGUUUCUUGGGAACCCCCUCUGUUCUUACUGCACAGCCCCGUGCAACUCGCAGGCGUGGGGGCUUUUGAGAGAGCACAGGUUUCACCUCAGUAGUGGUGCACUGCAAAGCAGCUUAAAGUAGGCUUAGGAAAGGGUUGUAUUAAGGAAAUAUAAAAGUAGUUUCUGCACCUGUUGCAAAUCGGGCAGAAAUGAAUUGCAAAUGCAUUGCUAUCCAAGCUCAGAAGACAUGCUUAGCAAAGAUGUGCCGUGUCCUGGAAAUCUAACGCUAUUGUAAGGACAUGGGAGCCAUACACCCUAGUGGAGUCAGCGGAGUGAUGUCCUGCAUCUUCUUCUCUGACAAAGUGUUUGUCUGUAUGGUGUAAAACAAUAAAAAUACUGAGAAACCUGCUUAAAAGCAGUAUCAGCCUGCCUAUUGCUUUGCUGGAGAGCAAAGAAUAUAUUUGUCAGUGCAAAAAGACACAAUUAUGCUGCCGGUCCCCAAAAGUCUGGUUUAUUUACGUUGCAUCUCUACAGCUUGGGCUGUGCUCCCUGGUAAAGGAUUGUCUGCAAUGGCUGUUCUUGUCUUUGGUGGCUGUGAAUCCCAAGCUCCUCUCCUGCACAGCAGAGGGUCUGUCUAGCUUAGAGUACCCACUUCACCUGAUUCUCCAGUACCAGUGCCUCCCAUGCUUUUAUACUCCGGUAGCAUGUUACAGGAAUAGUGAAGGCCUGGAUCGAAGAGCCUGGUACUGCUGGAGCCCACAGGAGCUGUUUCAACCACCAGCAUUUUUUCCAAAGUUGUCUUUUUAAUCUCAGUCAGAUGCAAUUGUGAAGUCAGCAGAUCAGCUCUCCUGGGUUUUGGGCAGAGUGGGGUGGGACGCCCUAUGUUCUGCUUUCCUUUGCUCAUUUUCAGCCUCUGUCAGCACUUGCCCGUUCACAGGGGAUGUUCUGAGCACCUUCCCGCUUCAGACCUGGCAAUCUUUGUGCCACUCGUCUCUGGACCAAAACCUGUAGUCAGAGAUGACGUCGUGCCAUGCUAAUAGGAGAUCACACCAACAAUUGCUUGUGAAAGCAUUGUGUUACUGUAGAAACUGGGCCUGUCUCUUGAGGCUUUGCUGCUGUGGUAAAAGAUGUUGCAACCCAGCGUCUUCACUCUGUGGCAAGUCACCAUGAUGAUAGCUUGAGAUAAACACAUCACAGCAGGACUGGCCUGAUGCAGUAAGUUAGUGCCUUGUUGACAAAAUGGAAAGUUAGAAAAAAGAAUAAGCUUUCUUUAAAUAACAGUUUAAUAGCAAUAAUAGCUCUUCCCCUGGGAAGUAGAUUGGCGCUGAUUAAAGCAUUUGACAUGGUUGAAAACACCUCUGGUAAUCUCUGAAGUUUACAUUACACCACCACAAUGUAAAGAAAAACACUCUAAUAUGAGCAGAUCCUGCUGCUGGAUCUUCAUGGUUCCCACAUACAAUGUAUGUGCUUUUCUGGACUGCAAGUUCCCAUUUCUCAAUUGCAUCUCCUUUUUUUAAAUGUCCAGCACGCAUCUUUUGUGUGUUGAAAUGAUUUGGUUUAGUGUAUAGUUAGAAACGUCCCUGUCACUCAUUAAUCCUAUUGUAGGAGUGAAGAAUGAACCCAACUGUAUAAAAAAAGACACCACGUCUUUAUAUGCUAGUUUUAGGAAUUAAAAGCUCUGGCUGCUGUUUUUUUGUUUGUUUAUGUUUUUUGUUUUCUAAUGCAUAGUUGCAUCCAGCAAAAGCAGGCGGUUGGAUGCCUACAGGAGCUCUGUCAUCCAGCCAGCAGGGGCAGGCAAUGCCCCACAAGAUCACGGGGCGAGUGCAGAGAUGCUAAAAGUCAUUGCAUCUUUUCUCCUGGAAAUCUAAGUGAAACAGCCAGCCAGUGCUGCUGCCCGCCACAUAAUUAUCCUUCUGCAGACCUUUUUCUCAUUCUUGCAUUCUUCCCCUCUAAAAGGCCUGCAUACACAUGUAGUUCGCAAUUAAAACUGAAUGAGUUCUCCGAGGAAGCCUAAUAAGGGUUGCUUGUUGGUUUUAGCUCUGGUAUUGGUGGGUAUUCACAUUAGGCUAGUGCUGACUUGAUGGAUCGGGAUCCAAGAUUUAUAUUGUUUCCCCUUUAUUUUUAUGGGAGGAGUCCAAGUCCCAGCCUCCCAACCUGGAGUUCACACAGGCCUCUGAGCAGCUUGUGGCAGAAUUGUAUGUUGGCGUGCAAGACCCAAGCGCCGUGGCUGUGUGAUGGCUGGACAGGGGUUGUGUUACUUGUUCUGGGUUUGUGCAUUGGGUGCUCACACAGACAGCACUGGUCCUGAUUCAUAUAACCCAUCCAGUCAGUUGUCCAUACAGUCCAUACUCAUCACAACAGCAGUGCCUCAGCUUUCCUCUUCCCUUGUUGCUUUUCUGGCCUGGUCACUGGCCAGUCCCCCUGGCUGCCAGGCCACACUUGUCCUUCCAUGGCAGUGGCAAGCGUGUUCUGCUCUGCCUUGCAUCAGGAGCAUCCUACUGAAGCUGGGGCAGGACAGUGUCAGAGUCGUGCCUGGCAGCAGACCCUGGACGUGUCUCUCCUCCUGGGCUCUCCAGCUCUACUUUGGAUGACAGCUGAAAACAGCUGGGACAGAGAAGAGAGCCAGGGCUCCACAGUGCAAGUCAUCCGUGCCUCCUGCCAGAAACAAAACCCCUUCCUUUUGUGCUGAUCCUCCAAGGACAUGGUGUGCUGGAGGGACUGCGUUAUGGUGGGAUUCAUUCAUACAAAGGCAUUGCUUUCCACAGCCUAAGUUUGUACUGAACUUUUCCUGCCCCAUCACGUUUCUGCCUAUGGCAUCGUUAGACUGAAAGGCAUCUGUUUGAUUCUGGUUUUGUAAUAAAAUAGAUAACUUUUGCUCUA